AUGAUAAAAAUGGUGGAAAUCAUCAAAUUAAAUCACUUGAAAUUAUUGAAGAAGAAAACAAAAAGUACUAAAGAGUUAUUAGGAAAUGAUAAAAGUAUUAAUGGAUUGAAUUUUGGUUUUACUGAAAGUGAAUUAUUUAAUGAUGGAGAUGAUAUUGAUUUUGCAUUACAAAAAAUCUUAUUUAGUAUUAGGAAAGUCAACAACAAGCAAAGUCAAGAACUUAUCAUUGAUACAAGUGAUAUUCUUGUUGAUGUAGAUACAUUUAUGGAAAGAUUAAUAGCUAUAGAAGAAAUUACAGGAACAACAACAAAUGACCUUAAGAUUUUAAUUUCAACAACAAUAUCAUCUAACAAAAAUACAAUAAAAAAUAAUGAAGCUUCUACACAUACACUCUUUUGGAUUUGUUUCUUUUUAAUGCAAUUUUGUACUGUUGUAUUGGUCUUAAAUUUAUUGAAGAAGAAAAGAGAUAUGAAUCAAAGAAAAGCAAUUUAA